ACAAAUGUAUAAACUCCAGUCGUCUUCGGAUGAUCCGUGAAAGCGCACUUCAGGAACUGCUCUGAUCAUGCUGCGUCCUCCAGUUACCAUGCCUGGGUCUUCUGUGGCUCACUCGACCACUGUUACGAUGAGGUCCACCUCCGGGUCUUGGGGAUCCAAUUCAGAAGACGAUAGUACAAUGCCCCUUAUCCCACCAGACCUUCUGGAUACUUCCACCCCGCAAGUACCCCGACAGACCUCCGAAAACCUCGAUCCUGGUACCAACGGUGUAAUCCGGUCUGACGAAUCAACGACAUUGCUGGGUUCUUCCACCGGACUGGCCGCAUACUGCAUCCCGCAAAUCACUAUAACGGAAAGUUUCAGCGACGCUGACCCGAGAUGCUCCAACGAGGCGCCAGAAGAAACAGGAACAUCGUCAAACAUUGAAAGCAAUUUCUCUGAGGGUUCUCCGGGACUUAUUACCGUAACAGAGACUCCCAGUCCGAUGCGAGCGCGAUCCAGCUCAGUUUCCGGGUGGGCCAAGCGUUUGGGAGAAAGAGCGGCGUCGAUUCUGCACGUGCAGUCUGACGGUGCUGGGACAAGUGCGCACAAUUCCCACAGUGACAGUCCUGGCCACAUGAGACCACGAUCCAACUCCACAACAGGCUGGGCAAAACGCAUUGGAGAAAAAGCAGCGUCGAUUCUGCACCCGCAUUCGGACAACAGUGGAUCAUCCGUGUCAAAGACCACCAAUAACAACAGCUCAAGUGCACACGACUCGAGAUCCCACUACGAAAGCCACGGCCGUGAUUCUGAUUUGACUAAACACUCCGAAGAAUCGGCAACACUGAACUCUCAGACCAAACAUCGUGGGUCUUCCACUCAAUACCUUGAAGUUACAGAGAGCCCCGGUCCCAUGAGGCCCCGCUCCCACUCUGCUUCGGGAUGGGCAAAGCGACUUGGGGAAAGAGCGGCUUCAUUACUGCACCAUCAUUCGGAUCCAUCCGGGCCUUCGGUUCAGCACAGCACCGCGACAGAUAACAUCGAACCGAUGAGACCCCGAUCCCAUUCAGAAAGAUUCGGCGCCAGUGCUGGCUGGACAAAGUGCAUGGGAGAAAGAGCCGUGAGCGGUUCGGACGGCGGCUUGUCAGCGUGGUCGAGAUCCAUUUCUGAAGGGGAAUCAGCAGUCCCUGGUCGCAGCAGUGAGUGUAAGCAGCUGGACAGCAUUCCAAGCGCUCAAAGACACGCUAUCAACAUCUUCAUAGACAGCGCUUGGGAAAUUUCCACCUCUCCUAAUAUCGAGAAUGGUCCGUUUGUUGACUGGGAUAAACUGGAGACAAGUUCCCUCAACAGUAGUGAUGAGAACCUCCCCCUUGACCCGAAGUUGCUCAAGAGAAUGGCUCGCUCAGGCGCCUGGUCAAAUAACCAUGGUUUACGGAGGAAAGCUUACAACCACAUCAUUGGCCGCAUCUUGUGCAGAACCAUGACUCCUGAUGCUACUGUCUACCAUGAUAUAGCCAGCAAGUUAUUUGGAGAGAGGAGUGUGAGUACUCACCCUUUCCCAGAGUUUGUGGAAGGAAGCCUAAUCCCAAUGUACUAUUUGAACCAAAGAGGGCUUAAUGCAGUUAAGAAGAUCCUGCUGUGCAUUGAGAACCAGUUUCCUGACAUCACCUACUGCCCGGUACUCCCGGCCAUUGUGGCGCUGCUUUUGCACUACAGCGAGAGCGAGGAAGAGUGCUUCCAGAACGUCUGCCGACUCAUUGCAUGUAAUGACCCCAAAAAGCGGUUCAUAGACCAGACCUUCUUAGCCUUUGCCUCAUCCUGCAUGACCUUCGGAGACCUAGUCAACAAGUACUGCCAGCCUGUGCACAAACUCAUCGCGAGCACUGACCAUAAUCGCUUCAACGUGUACUCCGAAUGGAUGGUGUGGCUCUUUGGGGGGCUUCCAUUUGAAUACGCCAUCCGUGUCUGUGAUGUCUAUCUGCUGGAAGGUUACAAAGUUCUCUACCGCGUGGCACUUGCCCUUCUCAAGCAGUAUAGAGUCUCGGUGACCUUCAGGGAAGCUGAGAUCACUGACAUACAGCAGGAUAUCCAGACCUUCAUGACCAAAAUUGGAGAAUAUCUCACAGUGGAAAAACUUCUGGAGAAAGCCUUCAGCAUUCGGCUUUUGUCGCGGAAGGACAUCAAACUCCUGCAGGAGGCAAAUGGGAAGGCUCUGACAGACAAAGGCAUCAGUGUGUCUCAGCGGAGGCAUUCAAUGUAUAUAGCCGUGGACCUGCAGCAGUUCCAUUCCAGCAUUGUGACCGCACAGGAAAUGAGAAUGGUCUGGUCGUGGAUCCCGGAGCGCUUUGCCCUUUUCCACCCCACCGUGGUAUUCCAGACCUGUGAGCAUGGCUACAGCCUGCAAUCCUUUUACUUACACUGUGAUGGCUACGAGCCAACAAUCCUGCUGCUGAAGACUGUGGAUGGAGAUGUGUGUGGCGCCUUCUUGUCUUCAGACUGGGCAGAACGGCACAAAAAAAAUGCAAAGGGCGCCAACUUUUUUGGGACAGGAGAAUCUUUUGUCUUCACUCUGCGUCCUGAAAUGGAGCGUUAUGAAUGGGUGUCUGUGCAAAACCCAAAGGUGACCGAGGAUGUAGCUCCUUGCCCCCGAAGGCGCGCCCAUUCCUUCUCACCGGGCUUCUCCACUUCUGCCUCUUCCCGGCAGUCUCCUGCAAGUGGCCUGAGCCGAGAUAUGAACCACUUGAGCUUCCCGAGUGAGAAACCUGCAGACAUGCCAUCCAAAACAAACACCUUCUUUAUGUCAGGAAGUAAAGAUGGGAUCAUUAUAGGAGGUGGUGAAGGACAGGCUCUGUUUAUCGACCAAGACCUACACCAUGGACACACCGAGCGCAGUGACACAUUUAAUAACCCCCCUCUGUGUAAGGAAAACUUCCAGAUUCAGCUGCUUGAGGUCUGGAGUGUUGACAACUCCCCCUGAAGGGAGUCUGCCCGUCGGAGACAUCGCGUGGGCGAAUAAAAGAACAGGUUGAUGGAUAAACCGGCUGUGAUGCAUGUGUGUGGAAGAGCAGAAAGAAUAGGGUGGGAUUUACUGACAUGGGACGUCCCCAAUCAUGACAGCUGGCAUAUCUGAUGUCCCUCGCUAGUAGACGACCCCUGUUAUCUUGUGAUCUGAUCCAUCACCUCAUUUGCCUUAUGCACUUUUUGAACUUAUUGGAGUUAUUUCUUUUUGUAACAUGCUUAGCUGGAUAGAGCUCAGGAGUGUUUGGAUUUCUUCGCUUUCAUAAGGGUAUGGGAUGUACUAAAAAUUGUUUCCAAAAUGUUAAAACUUUAUUUACUUAACCAAAAUUACACCCGCACUAUAAAUAUGACAGCAAGUAGAUAUAGAGCAGCUCUGAUUUAUUUACACAAUGAAAGCCACGAAGUUAUCACAGCAAUCACCUGCGGGUUCUUCUCUUUAUAAUUUAUGUUAAGUUUGACAAAUAAGAAGCCAGUUGCCCUGUAAAUAUUCUGAAAGCUGGCUAGUAUAUUGUUAAUUAAGUGAAAUAAAAAUGAGGUAAUGACCUGCAUGUCACAUGAUACUCCA